GAGGAGGGGCUCGAGCAGAGCGGGGGCGGCGCGGGGACCAUAGCUACCACAACUAUCCGUCGAAACAAAUGGCUCGACGAUUCAGCAACGCGGUAAACUGCGUCCGUAUCGCCUUCUUUACCCUCAACUGCAUCUUCUGGGUUAUAAGUCUCGCAGUGUUUGCUUUGGGGGCGUGGCUCCUGUACGUGAGGGAAGAGAAUGACUAUGACGUCAUAACUGGGAGUGGCAGUAUUGUUUCGGGGGCCUCACUGCUGGUGCUGGGAGGGGGCGUGGCAGUUGUCGUGGCAGCACUGGGCAUGGUUGGAGCUUACGGAAUGUGGCGACCAGUUCUUGUGACCUAUAUUUUACUGGUUGCACUCAUAGCAAUUUCUGAAAUAUCAGCAGGGACUAUCAGUUUCCUCUACAGAGAAGAUAUUAACGACAGUUUGGAGGGGAGAAUGGUGGAUGCUAUAGAGGAGUACAGAGCUACAUCAGACCAAGAAGGCUACGACAGGAGAAAAGAGGCUAACAAUGCUGUCGACUACAUCCAAGAGAGGUUUGAAUGCUGCGGUGUCAAUGGAAGUCUGGAUUGGUUGGAUCUCAAUCCUACCGUGUUUCUCGCCUCCGGACACCAGCCACCAGACGAAUGCCUCUGCUCUAAUACAACAGAAACCAACUGCCAGUUUUUCAAUUUUACUUACUUUCCUCCAAAUUCAUUCAGUUCACGGCAGUCUCAGUACUAUGCUUGGGAGAGAGGGUGCUUGAAUCUGGUUGAAGAUGAGUUGGAGAUAAUUGCAAUUUCAGUGGGUGUGGCAGGUGUUGCUGUGGGAACGAUUGAGGUUGGAGCCAUCGUGAUUGCUAUGUACCUCUGUGUAUGUGCUGUGAAAACUAACAAGAAUUCGGAAGUCUACUGAAGAAAAUUCGCGCGUGAUAUAUGCGAACGAUACUAACUGCGCAUGUGCGAGCGAUUUUUGCGCAAUCAUCGCGCGGUUGCUCCGAUCCUCGUCCUGUGGACUGCUGUACUGAUGGCCAGGUUCUCUCUGUGGUGGGUUUGAUCAUCAGUAUAUGGAGUCUGGCUGUGGCUAACACAGAGUAUGGCGGAAACUCGACGGCCGGUGCCGCUAUUCUUCUCGUCUCUUCUCUCAUUUCCCUCGGGCUGUGUGUGUGCGGCAUCAUUGGAGGAAUCCUCAUGAACCGGCUCUUCCUUGUCAUAGUGAGUAGUUUUUAACCCUUAUACCACUAUGGUUUAACCCUCAGGUGUCUGUGGCUUAACCUUUAGGUCACUAUCCCUUAGGUCACUGUGGUUUAACCCUUAUACCACUAGUGUGUAAAUAUAGGUCACUUUGGUUUAAAACCCUUAGGUCACAAUUAGAACACUACCUUAGAUCACUGUUAGGUGACUAUGGUUUAACCCUUAGAACACUAAACUUUAACCCUUACUUCACCAGUAUUCACUAUGUUAUGCACUAUUGUUUACGUGAAAUCCACACCGACAAAGGGAUUUCCCCCUCUUCUUCAUAAAAUUUGCUCACUUUGCACCCUCCCCACCCCCACUCAAUUAUACAGUACACGUAGGAUUCUAUCAACUGUAUUUCUUUCGCCUCUUGCCGCGCAGUAUGCCAUUGUUCUGUCUCUCGUCGUGAUAUUGGAGUUUGCAUCUGCUGUCAUCUCUUUCGUCUUCGCUGGAGAGGCCGUGAGUUAAAAAAGCACUUAAUCAGCCACGAACACAUAAAUGUGUCCACAGCAUCCAUAAGUGCAUUAGAUUUUAUAUGGGGGUUAUAAUACUAGGCACAAAUAUUUUAUAUAUCAAGAAGAAGCAGACCCAUGGCAUCAAAAGAGUUAACAUACCUAUAUGCAGAGGAAUCUCUUACUAGGAAUGGGAGUUUGGGCUGAUCUGCAUUAUUUCGUUUGUGUGUAAGCUUUGUAUUAACCAGAAUCUUUCUUGCGAGGGAGUGUGUCAGUACGUAAGGGCUAAAUAUAGAAACGUUACUAAAGAUGGAACUAAACAAUAGGGCACAGUGGAAGUUAGGCUUCCGUUUUUAGCAGCAUUUUCUA